AUGAAGUGUGAUAUUCCGAUAGUUGAUGUGAAUCUUUCACUGGCGGUAGUAGUUAAAGAAGCAACUACUGCUUGGUUAGAGAAGAUGCAGUUAUCGCCGGAGGAUUCUGUAACUUCUUCUUCUUUUUCGAUGGCUCCAAUUUCAUUGCCUAUUUUGGAAAACCAAAAUCAUAAUGGAUCGAAUUGGAUUUUAUCUUUUGAGUCGGAUUUGGCUUCGAGGGUUUAG